UCUCCUCCUACUCAUUGACCGGGAGGGAGAGGACCGACUUGUGUAUAAAUACCAAGUGCAAACGAGCUGUAUCUGUGCAGGACCUCCCUCCGGAACGUGAGCCAGCAAACCCUAACCUCGGACAAAAUGGCAGAUGCAAGCUUUCAGGAGGAAUUCCUAGAAACCCACAACGCCUACAGAGCGAAGCACAACACGCCAAAGAUGACCCUCAACCAAGAGCUGACGGCGUCUGCUCAGAAAUGGGCUGAUCAGUUGCUGGCAACCAACACGAUGCAGCACAGCGAGACUGCGGAUGGGGAGAACAUCUACGGCAUGUCCAGCUCAGCACCUAUUAAACCGACAGGGAAAGAGGCUGUAGAUUCGUGGUACAGUGAGAUUAAGGAUUACAAGUGGAGCAGCCCUGGAUUCCAGAGUGAUACCGGUCAUUUUACUCAAGUGGUGUGGAAAGACAGCACUGAGCUGGGUGUUGGUUUGGCCACCGACGGAAAGAGGGUCUUCGUGGUUGGUCAGUACCGGCCAGCUGGCAACAUGAACAUGCCGGGAUACUUUGAGAAAAACGUCUGCCCGCUAGCUUAAAAGCUGUGCACUUCACAGCGGGCAGCGAGGUCGGUGGAGCAGGAAACGCCUCGGGUGAGGAAGGGGGAGUGAGCACAAAAACAACUUGCACACUCCUAUAGAUGACCAUGAGCAUCCCUGGAGCGCCCAACACACUGUUGCUAAAUGUUCCAUGUUAUAAAUAAAAUCAAAUAAAACAUGUU